AUGCCAUGGAUUAGGUUGGAGGCAGAGAAUGGUUUGAGAGUUAUGGCGCCCUCGUUCAGCGCAUCCCCGCGCAUGGAGGGAAUCGACAAGUUGUUUGAGUAUCCUGUUCGUGCACGCUCUUUUCACUGCUUUCGUGGAUGCGCCAUGCCUCUGGAAAAGGAUGACAACGUUGACAGUCGUCUUUGCCUCAUGGAGGAGAUUCUUGUGUUGGUGCAGCGCCAGCAAAUGGGUGGUAAACUAGGCGAAGUGACUAUUGCUGUGGGUGGCCCGGCAGCCUCGCGGGAUGAGCUAACCGUUGUGCUUGACUCCGCCUUUGAUGUCGUUCGACGCACAAACUACAGUGGCGCACGCCUUAUUUUUGAUGCGCUUUGCACCUCAUCGGCUUUUGCUCCUGCAGCGAAUGAUGAGGUGGUGGAGUACGACGGCCUGCCAACGUUGCAGGAAUCGCACUGGAAAGAACGACGUGUGAGUGAUUGGCGUGACUCGGACAAGAUGUCGUCCAACAAGGGGGGGCGUUCUGAAGUGCGCUCCUCUUUAUUUGUGCGACGCAGAGCCUUGCUGUUCUUUGUUACCCAGGACGUUGUUCCUGUUAAUCUCCUGUACUGUCGAGUGUCGGGUGUAAAGUCCCACGGGUGCGUAUCCAGCGUUGCCAAAGCCGCACAACAUUACCGCAAGGGCCUUCAGUCACUUGAAUCUUCUGCUGCACGUGCUUGUAAGAACCUGGUAGAUGUCAUUGACCGCACGCUUGUGGCAGCCUAUAAUGUGAAUAAGAGUGCCAAGAAGCAUCAGUCACUUUGGGGUGGUAAUUUUGACAAAAUUACAUUCGUUGCUGUGUUUUCAAUAAACGGCCUUCUUUUUGCCUCCCCGUUAUUUUUUCAGCUGACGGAUCAUCGUAAUCGACUCUUCAUAGCGGCUGUGGCGGUGGACCAGUUGUCUCGUUGGCCAACGGAGCGAAGUUUAUCCAAGCAGACCCCUUUAAUACACGUGUGUGACCUGUUGCUAAAGUGUGGAAAGGACGGAUUGGUGCUGAACCUUGUCUUUCUUGGUGUUGGCAACGCCGUUUCCUGCGUGUUUGCUUUCCGUACGGCGGGUGAGGAAGCAUUUUGGGAUGCUGCGGUGCUAUUGCGGUUUAUAAAAGAACAUCUCAGGACACCGAGAGCCGCGCUACGGCUUGGUGCGGGAACGGACGAUGGCGACGAUGAUGAAGAAGAAGAAGAGGCUACUAUGAAAAAAGAGGCGCGAGAGUUUGCCCCGCACUUUUUACUCUGUACAGCAUCAAUUUACCCAACGACGUGGUUUCACCGUCUCCUAUACGAAAUGAACAAACUGGAGGAGGAAGCGCCAAAGACGUUUCUUCAGGGAACGAAUGACGUUUCCAAUGGGAAGUUGCCACCGAGGCUGCAUGGUACUUGUGACUGUCUUCCGUUUUUUGGGCAACAUGGGAAGAAGACUGUGAAAUCGACCCCGUUCGUAUGGUCUACAGACACAGUUGAUCUCCCUUUGAAUAUUGCAUGGUGUGUUGCCUCCAGUCACAUUGUCAAGGAGGAGGCAAAUGCGUGCAGUGAGGGUCGUGAAAUGGGUCAUUAUGCCCUUUUUUCGAUUUUGUCUGGUAUUGCUGGGAAUGAAGGGGAAUUAGGGCGCUACGGCGUUGGUUGGUUCAACCACUGCUGGCGCCACACGUCAAUUGUCGGGACCCGCGGGGACAAAGAGAACGGCGUUUUUGAUUACUAUACGACGGAGGCGGACCCAACGAAGUUUUUGGGCGGACUUGCUUCUAUUGGCGGAGGGCCUUGCGCGCCGGGUUUUUAUGAGGUGCGAGAGGGAGGGGGCUGCUUUUUUCGCCAAGCCUCCCGCUUUGAAGCUCGCGCCGGAGACGAUGGCCCCUUUUUUACCUCCAAGUUGGUGACCUUUCCGUACUCGCUACUUUUUGAGGGGAAUGGAGCGGAGGAUGAUGCACGGACGGAUGAAGAGAAUGGAGGACACCUCAUGACAGCCCUCUAUACCAUGAAUACCCAUAAGGUGAAGGAUGCUGAAUGUAAUGCGUUGCUGCAGGAGAUGCUUCUGAUGGAAGGAGAUUUGACUGAGUGGGAGGAGGAAUUGAUUGAGACGCUGCGGCGGCGACAACAUCGAUCACCAUCCGUAAAUGCAGCGUUCGCCUUGUGCCAUGAGGCGGCACGUUGUGUUCUGGAAGAUGUUUGGCGUUGCUCCAUUUUAUAG